GCUGGAUAACGCGGGACAAUCUCCCCGACUAAUCCAAAUUGACCUGCUGCUGUCUUCCUCUUCCCCCUGAUCGAAACCGAGUGGACAAGGGACAAUUAAUGAAAAUUUUGCACAUCUCGUGCUUCCGAAUGGUUCUCUCACGAAACUGUCAUCGGCGUUGAGACAUUGAACUGAGCAGAUCGUGGGAUCUAUGGGGAGACCGCAACGAUAGCGUCACCCUGAUUUGAACGGCCGUCUGCAACAUGAACAAGGGACCAAAUGGCACACCAGAUGCUGGGCUGAGAAGCCUUAAUCAUUAUCGCAACCAGCUCCCAUCCUGGCGGUACUGGCCACGACAGAAACUUCUCCCCUUGGUGCGAUAUGAGACCCCAUAUCUCGCCUGGUUGCAGGAGAAGGUGCGAACUCCGGCCCUAGAUUCCUAUUUCGCAUUCACGGCCAAUCUCGGAACGCAUACGUUUUUCAUGGUUUUCUUGCCUAUACUGUUCUGGAAUGGGUAUACAAGCUUAGGGCGUGGGAUGGUGAAUCUUUUGGCAUCUGGAGUCUUCUUUAGCGGUUUCAUUAAAGACUUGCUUUGCCUCCCACGCCCGCUAUCGCCUCCGCUACAACGUAUUACAAUGUCUGGUUCCGCUGCGUUGGAGUAUGGGUUUCCCUCUACUCAUUCGACAAAUGCCGUCUCGGUUGCCGUAUACGCACUGGCUCUCCUAAACAUGCCUGAUUCGACCUUGAGUCCUGCCAUCAACGUGUUUCUACAAGGUAUCACUUACCUCUAUGUCAUCUCGAUUGUAUUCGGCCGACUGUACUGUGGUAUGCACGGGUUUUUUGAUGUGAUCAUUGGAUGCUUGCUGGGCAGCUUGCUUGCAGUCAUACAAUAUGCCUACGGGACCGCCUUCGACGAGUUUGUAGUCUCGGCUUCCGGGAAACAGAUCACGCUGGUGGUAUUGGUGAUCCUCGCUCUUGUUCGUCUUCACCCGGAGCCCGCCGAUGACUGUCCUUGUUUCGACGAUAGUGUUGCCUUCGCGGGGGUGAUACUUGGGUUGCAAGUGGCUUAUUGGCACGUAGCGAAAACGGACAUCACAUGGGAUGACCCCGUCCCCGCCACUGUUCCGUAUAGGUUUAACGAUUUAGGGGUGUUGAAGACGGCUAUGCGCCUCAUCUUAGGAGUCGCAUUGAUCGUUGUGUGGAGAGAGGUUAUGAAGCCCUCUCUUCUCCGUGUACUUCCCCCGGUCUUUCGUGGUCUGGAAAAGUUGGGUCUGUUACUCCCUCGACGAUUCUUUACCGCAGCGUCGCAAUACACCAAAGUUCCCACGCAACUCAAGGAUCAUGAAGUGUUCCCAACCUUUUCCGAAAUCCCGUCCAUUUUUUCGAACAUCCGUCACCCCCGACGACGAGCCAUUUCAGUCGGCCCACAGUCGGAAGCUGAUGCCUACGAAACCCUGGCCUACCGGGAAAAGCGCAGACGAGAGAGCCUGUCAAAUAGCAACCGAACGUCGCCUCUGGCAGAAGAGGAUACUCAGCAAGACAUCUCCGACGGACAAUAUCCUCACCUAUCGCGCAAGCGCUCCAAGCUCCAUGAAUAUGAAACCAUGAUGGGAACCGGUAACCCUCGAAUCGCAACUGGCGUUGAUGGUACAGAGGCGCCUCCAUUGACGGAGCCAUUCCCUGAUUUGGUUCCUGACCCCGAGCCGGACGAAGAAGAGGUGUUUGCACGGAUUAAAAAACCUCGUGUACGAUACGAUGUGGAGGUAGUUACGAAGCUGGUGGUAUAUUCCGGUAUUGCUUGGAUUGUGAUGGAGGGAGCUCCUUUUGUCUUCGACAAAGUUGGCCUUGCGCCGAUUUAAAGCCAUCUGAAAACUAAGCUGAGAGUGAGGUUUAGUUCAGCUGGCUGAACGUCACGAGUCAUUAUUAUUUCUGUACCAUAGCUGGCCUUCAAGUGUACAUAUAUGACUUUGAUGCGUUAUGUAUUUUUCCC